AUGUCAAGCUACGUCUCCACCGCCUGGCUUGACCUCUUUGCAGAGAACGGGGCGCCAGACGCCGAGUCGUGCUUCAAGAGUUACGACGCCCUCGACACACUUGACAGUUCCCCCAGUCUCAGCUUCCUCAAGGAUCUGAUAUGGGCAGGGAUCAGGACAUGGGUCGCAAACAACACCGACUCUUUGUCUCUCAUCAGCCAUGAUGACUUGGACGGCCCGGGCCGCGUCUUCUUGGGCGGCAUGAACCAUGCUCUCAACGACGACACCCUCCGCGAGCAUGACAUCUCUGCCGCAAUCAGCAUCCACCCCAAAGACCUGCUCGCAUGGCAUCCCACCGACACCUCGUACGCGCUUCGUCGCUUUUCAAACCCCACCUCGUCAUGCUCAGUCAAGCACCACCUCAUGAUCCCUCUCGAGGACAAGGCGAAUGCCGACCUCAUGGAAUACUUUGACCAGACAAACGACUUCUUGGCUACCAAUCUGAGAGAAGGCCGCAACAUCCUGGUCCACUGCAAGUCCGGCCGAUCACGCUCUGUCGCUGCCGUGAUCGCAUACCUGCAGCGGAAGUACUACGAAACAACGAUCCGGCCGCAGAACCUCGGUCUGGACGAGGCGCUCAGCAAGAUGGUCUCAUACCGCGAGGCCGUCACAGAAAGCAUUCGUCUCCUGGGGCAUCCCGCUUACGAAGAGAAGCUUGCUCAUCUCUUCUCUCCGCCCCCGCCAUCCGAAAAGAAACUGGUGGAGCUGCAGAGGGGCGAGUCACAGGCGGCGGACUCGCAAACGACAGAUUCGCAGACGCUGAGCUCGCAGGGGACGUGGCAUGAGAUGACAAGGUCGCAGACGAUAGACUUGGAGCACCCCCCUGGAUUGAAGAGAGUCAAGAAGAAGGGCGGUGCGGCGAUCCUCAAGCUUGCUGUCGCGAUCGUCUUCUUCAAGAAUAACCAGAAGCCACCGGUCCCCGUGGUUGAGCGCUUGUUCGAGAUCAACGAGGCCUACUUCUGGGAGAUGGAGGGUGUGGACUUCAAGGGGGUUGACUACAAGGACUCGGGGCAUAUUCAUCGUGGUAUCUGUGCCUUCUACGCCCAGUUUGCUGAUGAAUAUGGCUACGAGGCCCCUGAUGCUGUCUCACAGUUGUCGGACUGA